UCUAUCUAUAUUGUGUGAGAGCAGAAGGAGCUUCAGAAGGAUGAUGUCGACCAGAUGGUGCGGAUACAAGACAACUUUGCAGAACAAUGUUCUCUAAGGAUCAAAUUGUACAAAGACACCAUUCUGAGACCCCUGGAGGACUACAUGGCGGACCACAAUCCUCUCUACCUUUUUGAACUGGAUGGAAACAACAGACACGAUGAGCUUUACAUGUCUGUUAUGUCUCGUCUGGAAGCGUUGGCAUUGAAACGCGCUUCAGUACCCGUCCUACUGAGUCAAUCCGACGAGCUUCUUCCUACUGAAAUGGACACUUUACAGGAGGACCUGCACAGAGUCAUGUCCUCCUCUGAUAACGUGGCUCCUGGUUUCCGGUGGAGGAGGAGUCGCUGGGGCCGGACCUGUCCUGUAGCUCUACAAGAGGGCAGCAUCAUUCAGGGCACGUCUAAGUUCUGUGUGGGAUUCCAGGCCAAGGCUUACUUCCUGUCAUCCAAGGAGGCCUACCAGAAGUUUCUAGAGAGCCCUCAACGGUACCUGCGUCCUCCGAUGCCCUCCCCACCCUGUAAGGUGUCCGUGGUGGGGCCUCCGCUAUCGGGGAAGAGCACUCUGUGUGGCCUUUUGGCCCGGCACUAUGGGGCCACAGUGGUGGACGUUGAGGCACUAAUGCUCCUGGCCGCACUGGAGCAGGACAAAACCACAGAGGACGCCAUCCAUACAGGUGUGGAGGAAAUAGAGAUGGAAAUGGAUCAAGAUGACCAACAGGAUGAGGUGAAAGAUGAUCACCCAGUGGUGAAGGAGUUUGUGUUAACUGAACCAUCCUUUAGCGAACCGUCCACAGACCAACCAAUGGGCUCAGAUUCUCCUCCUCCAACAUUGAUUUAUGAAAUGUUGGAGAGGCGCAUUAAAGAGAUUGAAGAGGCAGAUGUAGACGCAACAAUAAAGGCUGGCUGGGUCUUGGACAACUUUCCUAAUAACUUCUCCCAGCUCGCCAGCCUACAGAAGGCCCAUGCUGGGGUGUUGCCAGACUUAUUUGUUUGCCUCAUAGACGCCACUGACAGAGGGAGCACUCUGUUGAAGAGGAUGUAUGAGAUGGACCGGGGGUCGGUGGACAAAGCCCUGAGGAGGAGGCUGGAGGAGGAACGGGAGCCAGGGCAGGAGGCUGAAGUGGGGGAUGAAUUGCAGCCUCAACUGAAGACCGUAGAGGAAGAAGCCGAUGAUAUGGUCCCCCCUGAGCAGUGGGGGAUGGGCUACCCAGACGUUCCAGAGAUGGAUGGCCAUAGACUGCGGAUCAAGGAGUUUUUGGGGGAGUGGGACAGCAUGGCGCCCGCUAUUACCAGCAGCUUGGUCUUGCUGGACAUCAGCAGUAAGAGCCCCGGGGACCUCUUGAAUGAGGUGGUCCACCAGAUGGAGAAGCCGUUCCAGUACGUUGGGUGGGAGGUGACAGAGGUGGACCUCCAGGAAGAGGAGGACGACUCUCAGGCACUGGAGGAGGUGAUGAAAGAAGAGGAAGAGGAGGAGGACCCAGCAACAGGAGAGAACCAGGACGAUACAGCAUCCAAGAGAUUGUUUGGGGACACCCUUCAUUUCUGCCCCGUGGCUCUGAAAGACCGCCACGUCCUGGUACCCGGGAUGGACGACAUUGCUGCCAAGUACCGCGAGAAGAUCUACACCUUCUCUAGCAUCAAGGCCCGGGACCGCUUUCUCCUCCAGCCCAAGGAGUUUUUGGCAAAGACUGGGCCUCUGAAGCCCCCUGCACUGAGGGUCCUGAUGCUCGGUGCCCGGGGGUCGGGGAAAACCUUCCACGGCAGCUGGCUGGCCCGUCAGCUAGGCGUCUUCCACAUCCAGUUCAGAGAGCGCCUUCAGGAGCUGAUUCUCGCCAAGACCCAGAGCCGGGUGGUCCGUGCCGACGAGGCCGAGCGCCCUGAGAAGGAGGACCUGACGGAAGAGUCCGGAGGAACAGAGGCGCCGCACGAGGAGGAGCCUGAGGAACAGGUGACGCUGAGCGAGGACGAGGCGGCCAUCAAAGCUUACCUCUCGGAUGGGGACCCACUGCCUUCAGAGAUACUGGACACCUUGCUGGCCCUGUACUGGGAGCAAGAGCCCUACAGGUCCACAGGCUUCAUCCUGGAGGGCUUCCCCCAGAGCCCGGAGGAGGUGACCUACAUGGUGGAGCAGCAGCUCUUCCCUGACCUGGCGUUGGUCAUGGCGGCCGACCUCAGUCACGUGGUGAAGCAUCUGCUGCCACCUCGUCUCAAGGCCUGGAGGGAGCGGCGCGAGCGGCGCAGAACCCAGCUGCAGCUCGCAAGGGACCUGAAGCAUAAGCUUCAGGAGGAGGCCAUCAUCAAGAGAAGAGCUGAACUACUCGAGAAGAUAGCCUUGGAGCUGGCGAGAGGACAAUCACAGAAAAGAGGCAGUGAUGAGGAGGAGGAUGACGAUGAAGACGAAAAGUCUGGUGACAACGUAGAGGAGGAAAUGGAGGCCAUACUGCGUGAUGAGUUCCCUCCAGAGGAGGACGAGGACGAUGACAGUGGGGGUGAAGAGAGCGAGGAGGCGGCCGCUGAGAGGCUGGAAAUGAAGAUAGGACUGUGCUUAGACAUGGACGACAACGGCCUCUCCGUCGUAACGGAAAUCCUGGUUGAACAAAGCAUCCCCAACGUGUCUGUGAAAGCAGCCCGGACAUUGCAGAGUGUUCGCUCCCAGCUGCUCCAGGUGAUCCAGCCCCUGCUGGCUAACAGGGAGUCCCUCUUCCAGAGAUGCCAGCCCCUCAGCUACAGCCUGGCCCGCAAGCUGCUGCGAGCCUCCUACAAGUCCCACAGUGCCUACCGCUCCUGGGACCCUGUCAAGUAUGUAGAAGGAGACCUGAUCCAGCCAGUCCACACCCCAUACGCGCUGCUCUUCCACCACUACAUAUAUUUAUUUUCCUCCAAGGCGACCCGCAACUCCUUCAUGCUCAACCCCAUCAACUACCUUAGGCAGAACAAGCCCAACCCCUCAAUACCCAUUAGAGUGGCUGUGAUCGGUCCACCCAAAUCUGGGAAAACCACAGUGAGCCAGAUGUUUGUCAAGGAGCACGGCCUUGCACGGCUCUCCAUCGGCGGGGCCAUGCGCAUGGUGCUGAGUGCUCAGGGCCACACGGAGCUGGCUGCACAGAUGAAAAGGCACAUCUCCUCGGGCCUCACGGUGCCAGACGAACUGGCUGUCCAGUGCCUGGAGGUGGCGCUGAUGAGCCAGGUGUGCAGCACACGAGGCUACAUCCUGGAUGGCUUCCCCGUGACCCUGAGGCAGGCAGAGCUGAUGGAGGCUCGCAGCAUCAUCCCCAUGGCGGUACUGGAGCUGGCGCUGGACACUGCAGAGGUGCUCAAGAGGGGCCUGCUGGACAAGAGCCAACCCAACAAGCCUCACCCGAUGCCCGACAGCUCUGAGAUCCUCCACAUCCGGAACGCUCACUACAAGCAGGAGGCAGUGGGAGUGAGGCGUCACUUCCAGCAACAGUACGGGAACUGGACCCUGCUGCAGGGAUCCAGGAGCACAUGGUGGCUCUGGACCCAGGCUCUGGAGGAGAUCCGCCUGGGCAUGAAUCACAUCCACAGCUACUUGGACAGGAGCAGUAAAGGCCAGGCAGCCUGCAUCAACAGACUAUGUAUCACCCCCAAGGAGCUCCAGUCUCGUCUGGGGGAGUUUGGUCUGUAUUGCCCGGUCUGUCUUGCCCUGUUCUGCCACUUGGUGGACACUUCAGGCAAUACUUUGCUGGCAUUGGCAGCUGAAUACAGGGCACACUUCUACAAGAUGUGUUGCGCUGAUCACCUAGAGAGGUUUCUGACCACUCCAGGUGCGUUUGUUACCCCUGGGUGUCCACACCCCCUUCCACCCCCUCACCUACUGCCCCAGGCGCUGACAGAGAGUCAGGUGAAGGACAGGUUCCCCCUCCAGCUGAUGAUGAGGGGCUACUGUCCAGUCACUUAUCUGGAUGGGAAGCAAAGGUACGAGGCUCUGAUCCGAGGAAAUAUGGCAUUUGCUGUGGAAUAUCGGGAACGUAUCUACAUUUUUGAGACAAAGCAAAAGCAGGAGAUGUUUUUACGGCUGCCUGAAACCUAUUGGGACCAGAAGCUUCCCCACAGGAUGCCUCCUAUCUGUGAGCCUUUCAGACUCACCUCACUCCCAAUGUUGGGUUACUUGGAACAGGGGGUGGCUGAAGCCAUCAUCAAGGCCAUGACAGCUGUUGGGUGUCUCAAACCAAAGUAUCCCUUCCUGAGUUUGAAAACCUCCGCCCUCCUCUACAUCCCCUUCUACUUGAAAGCCUUUAACCCCCGUAGUUCAGUCUACGUCCGCCAGAAAUACCGGAAGAAACUGGCUUCGUUUGAGGAGAGCUGUGAGCUCAUCCCCUACCUGGACUCCAUCAUGGGGAAGACAUGCAGACCUCCCAGUACAAAACCUGUUGACUUUGAGUUUAAACUGCACAGGUUCCUGGCCUUAAAAGACCACCCAGGCACUGCUAGUUUGGUGUAGCAUGUAUGAGUUACAGUAUUGAGGGGUGUUAAGGAUGAUAUCAAUUGGAUUGUGUGAAGUUUCUAUAUAUUUCCUGGAUUCAUUUAUGGUUUUGUGCCUGAUAAAAUAAGGCACAUUAGGUACAAUUAUUGCCAUUCAUUAUUCAAAAUCAUUCAAUUUAAUAAUUGUAUUUUUUUUCUCAACCAAAAAUGUAUGCAUAUUCAUAUGCAUUUGCUCUCUAUUGAUAUUUGUAUUCCUUUAGUAUGGUUUUAAUUACUUUGGUCUAGGCCUACUGGGUGUCUGAGUUACUGGGCUAUGAAUACAAUGCUAUUGGUGUAUGGAAGUGACUCGUAAAAUACCUUAUUUCAUCUU